AUGUAUAGGCAGAAGUCUCUUGGGGGUCAACAGGAAGUCCCACCUUACUUACGAGAAUUCAAGACUGCCCUAGUAAAAGCCUUCCCUGUCCAAGACCUCGCAGGUACAUCCGCUGAACUUGUCUACGGCACACCCCUUCGAUUACCAUCUGAGUUCUUUCAGCCAUCCUCUGCUCCAGUCGAUCCAGCAUCCUUUGUCCAGACUUUCCGAGAGGCGAUGAAGAAGCUGUCUGCGACUCCUACUUCGUGCCACAACAAAUCUGCCCCUUUCGUGCACCACGCACUGAGCACUUGCACUCACGUGUUUGUGCGAAACGACGUGGUAAAACCACCACUCACUCCUCCAUACGAGGGACCCUUCAAGGUCUGUGCACGUAACAAUAAGCAUUUCACCGUUCUCGUGCGCGACAAGGAAACCGUCCUGAGCAUAGGUCGUCUGAAGUCUGCUUUCUUCGAAGCUUCAAACACUCAGGUUCCUGUGACCAGCGAUCUUCCUGACUCCCCGGAUCCAACUGCUACUGCUACUCCGGAUACUCCUCCUUCGACCGACCUUACGCUUUCCUCCCAGUGCUCCACCAGUCGUCACACGAUCGGGAAGACGUGUGGCGCUUCAAGACCAGAUAUUUGUGAACUGAUUUUUUUCAUCGUACCUUUG